AUGGUAAGUAGUAAAAUGUUUCUAUGUAUUAUCAACUAUAUUAAGGCAUGUCCAAAUCUAAUUGAUCUUAAAAUUAAGGUUCGAUUAUUAAUGUCCUUGAACUUAUUCGAUAAUCCAUCUCUUAUUCCAAUUUUUAAACAAAUUAAAAUACUCAAAUUAAUAACAGAAAAUAUUUAUUUUCCUUCAAAUUCUUCAUGGAAAUUUGUUGAACGUUUUCCAUCACUUACUCAUAUUGAACUUAAAGUAUUUUCAUUCGAUAAUUGUAUAUCUACUAUUGAGAUAUUUCUUAGUCAUCUGCAAAAUUUGUCUUAUGCUAAAAUUAAUUAUGAUCAAGUUACAUUAUUUGAUGAUCCAUUUUCACGUGAUGAUAUUAUUGAAAAACGUCAUCAACAAUUUCCCAAUACUAUUUUGAAUGAAACUAUGGUCAAUGUUAAAAAUAACGGAGAAUUUGUAGAAAUCUGGUUAUCAUAA